UUAGUUGAAUUUUUUUUCUCCCCUGGCAUCUCUCAUGUCAAGUUGACAAGAACCGACCAGUUCUCUUGCCUUUUCUGAGUAUGAGUCUAUUUCCUUCUCAGCAGACUGAGAAGAGGCUGUGUUCUCUAAGGAGGAUUGCCCAAUGCUCUCUCCUUGUUUUUCUUUCCUUUGUAAAUCUAGAAGUAAGUUGUAAAAUGAAGUAAUGAAUUCCUAUCCUUUUCCAAAAUGAAGACAGUUUACAAUGGUUAGUCGGACAGUUCAGAAGCCUGUCUCUUCAAGGAAGGGCGGCUGAGAAAUGAUCAAAAAGGAAUGAAGUGGUUCUCCCACCGACCCUGCGAUGGGUCGCAGCAGUUCGAGUGGUGGUGGAUAGGCAGUGCAGCUCCAUGACAGAUCCAUCACACGCGUCUCCCACCCCACACUGCCAUGAUGCCCAAGAGGAAAGAUGGAGCUGCGAAGGUGGAGCCCAAGCACUGCUCAGCGAGGCUGUCGGAUAAGCCCGCCCCUGCCAAGGUGGAUGCAAAGCCGAAAAAGGCGGCGGGAAAGGAUAAAGCAUCAGACAAAAUAAAAGUGCAGAUAAAAGGGAAGAGGGGAGCAAAGGGCAAACAGGCUGAAGUGGCUGACCAGCAAACUACAGAUCUGCCUGCAGAAAAUGGAGAGAUGGAAAACCAGAGUCCAGCCUCUGAAGAAGAGAAAGAAGCGAAGUCUGACUAAGCAUCCAUCACAUCAUAUCUGUCAGUGGUCCCUGCCUCCCUUCUUGUACAAUACAGAGGAAUA